GUCUUCCAGGCGACGCUGCCAUCGUGACGACUAAUCUAGUGGACGGUUCUUCAGAAACAGCUCGUCACCUCGGUAGCCAACAUAGUCGAAAGAUUCAAGCUCUUAAUACGCUUUCGGUCUAUAUUAGCUACUGUGUUUUAGACACACUUCUGUCGUAUCUACUUGUUAACCUAUUUAAUUUAAUAUUACGUUAUUUUGUAUUAGUCAGCUAUAGUAGCUGGCUGGUUAAGUUAGCACUAGCCUAGUCGCUAAUGAUAGCUAGCUAGCUAACAUCCCCGAACAUGAGCUCACUAAACUACCCCCCUCCUGUUAAAGAAGAGAUCUGCUGGACGGAGAAAGAAGCUCUGGGGAUGAACAUUGUCGUGAAAGAGGAGAAGGAAGAAGAGGAUGUUACUGUGAAACAAGAAGUAGAGGGUGAGACUGUUACAGUGAAAGAAGAAGAGAAAGACGUUUCAGUGAAAGAAGAGGAAGACGCGUUCAGAGUGAAAGAGGAGGAUGUUGCAGUAAAAGAAGAGGAAGAUGCAGUUUUUGGAGUGGAGGAUGACGUGAAAGAAGAUGAAGACGUUUUUGGAAUGAAGGAUGAUGAGGGGGAGAUUACUGUCACAUUAGAGGAGGACGAAGAAGAGCAGACUGGAGAUCUGAUUAACACCAGAGAGAGACGGGACAAUCGUGGAUCCUCUGGGGAGCCUCAACAACAUCAUGAUGCUGAUGAGGCAGAGAAGAGUCUCUCCAGAUCAGAACUCCUCAAGAAACACCAACAUAAAACCACAGGGAAGAGAACUCACUGCUGCUCUGACUGUGGGAAAAGAUUCAACUCUUCAUCAAACCUUAAAAUACAUCAAAGAAUUCACACAGGAGAGAAACCUUACAGCUGUGAUCAAUGUGGGAAAAGUUUUACUCUGCUACACACCCUGAAAUCACACCAGAGAUCACACACAGGAGAGAAACCCUAUAGCUGUGAUCAAUGUGGGAAGAGUUUUACAACAUCUAGCAAUCUAACUAUACACCAGAGAACACACACAGGAGAGAAACCCUAUAGCUGUGAUCAAUGUGGGAAGAGUUUUACUUCAUCUAGCUAUCUAACUAUACACCAGAGAACACACACAGGAGAGAAACCUUACGCCUGUGAUCAAUGUGGGAAGAGAUUUAUUCUGCUACAAACCCUGAAGUCACACCAGAGAAUACAUUCUGGAGAGAAACCUUUUGGCUGUUAUCAAUGUGGGACAAGUUUUUCUCAGCUUAGCAGCCUGAUAGUACACCAGCGUGGACACACAGGAGAGAAACCUUUUAGCUGUGAUCAAUGUGGGAAGGGUUUUACUACAUCUAGCCGUCUAACUAUACACCAGAGAACACACACUGGAGAGAAACCUUAUUGCUGUGAUCAAUGUGGGAAGAGUUUUACUCAGCUAAGCAACCUGAUAGUACACCAGCGGGGACACACAGGAGAGAAACCUUAUAGCUGUGAUCACUGUGGGAAGGGUUUUACUACAUCUAGCUGUCUAACUAUACACCAGAGAAUACACACAGGAGAGAAACCUUAUGGCUGUGAUCACUGUGGGAUGACUUUUAUUGGGCUUCAAACCCUGAAAUCACACCAGAGAACACACACUGGAGAGAAACCUUUUAGCUGUAAUCAAUGUGGGAAGAGUUUUACCACAGCUAGCUGUCUAACUAAACACCAGAGAACACAUACUGGAGAGAAACCUUUUGGCUGUGAUCAAUGUGGGAAGAGUUUUUCUCACCCAAGCAGCCUGAUAGUACACCAGAGAACACACACAGGAGAGAAACCUUAUAGCUGUGAUCAAUGUGGGAAGAGUUUUUCCACAUCUUGUUAUCUAACUAUUCACCAGAGAACACACACAGGGGAGAAAUCUUAUAGCUGUGAUCAAUGUGGGAAGAGAUACUCUGAUAAAAGGUCUCUGAUUAAACAUCAGAAAAUACAUACAUGAAGAAGUUGUUUCAUGAUAUCAAUGUCACAAUGUAGAAUGUUUUAACAUUGUCGUAGCAAUAUUUGAAUGAAUGUCAAUGUAGAAUGAACCCUGAACGUUUGUCCCCUGUUCAGUUGAUAUUAGCCUCAGCGGAAAAAUCCAGGCUCUGAAUUGAAAGAGUACUAUUUAUGUGAUUUAACAAAAAGUGAC